CAGCUGUUUAGUGACUGUUUGCCAACUGUAGAAGUCAUAGAAGCUAAGAGCUAAAGGAGUCGGGAAACAGCGAAGGAGCUUCAUUGUUCGGGAUGUGAUUGUGCAAUAUAGCUGUCUGCUGAAUAAUAAUCGAGCGAUAUGUUAAGAUAGACGAAAAACAACGCGCAGUUCUUUUCUGACAUAUCGCGUGUCGCUUUGCCUAAAUACUGUUUAUCGAUCGCUUCGAGUAAAGGCAGCAACAAGCGAUAAUAUGUUGGAACUCGAAGUGGUGCCCGAGAGAUCCCUCGGAUGCGAGCAAUGGGAAUUUAUUUUAGGUAUGCAUUUUUCUCAGUCGGUAUCAAUAAUACAAUCUCAAGUUGGUGUUAUAAGAGGAGUACAAGUACUUUAUAGUGAUACUAAUCCAUUAGAUGUAGAUCUAGUAAUAAAUUUACCACACGAUGGCAUUCGGCUUAUAUUCGAUCCCGUUGUACAAAGACUUAAGAUAAUUGAAAUUUAUAACAUGAAAUUAGUAAAAUUGAAAUAUUGCGGCUUGCCAUUUAAUUCGCCCGAGGUAUUACCUUCGAUCGAACAGAUCGAACAUUCUUUCGGUGCAACUCAUCCCGGUGUUUAUGAUAGCGAAAAACAGGUGUUUGUAUUGAAUUUUCGAGGACUGUCAUUUUAUUUUCCAAUCGAUUCGAAAUUUCAACCUGGUUAUGCCCAUGGAUUAGGUUCGUUACAAUUUCCUAAUGGCACUUCUCCUUUGGUCGCGAAAACUGCGAUUUACGUUGGGAAUAUGCCUGCGGGUGGUAGCGGCGAAGAACAUGGUUCAAAAACACCACCACCACCUUUGCCACUUGUCUGUUAUCACAAUAACUUAUAUUUGGAAAAAGCUGACAUUAUUAGAGAUAAAACACGAACUCGAGGACUUAGAUUACAUCUUUUUACUGAAGGUAGUUGUGGGACGAGAGCAUUGCUGGAGCCGAAAAAACGAUGUCUGACCAAAGAGGUUUUAUUUGGAGACACUUGCGAAGACGUCUUAAGCGCACUUGGUGCCCCAUCUAGGGUAUUCUACAAAGCUGAGGAUAAAAUGCGUAUCCACAGUCCACACGCACAUAAACGAGACAAGAUAAGACGAUCAGAUUUUUUCUACAAUUAUUUCACGUUAGGUUUGGAUAUCUUGUUCAAUGCAAAAACUCAAUGUAUAAAAAAGUUUGUGCUUCACACGAAUUAUCCAGGACAUUAUAACUUUAAUAUAUAUCACCGUUGUGAAUUCUCUUUGACUCUGCCGCCUGAAAAUAAUUCCGCAGAAUCGGGAAAACUGAUAGAUGUUUCUCCUUCUCCAGUUACGAUCACUGCCUACACAAAAUGGGAUAGAGUGAGUGAACAAUUGAAAGCGAGCGCGCGUCCUGUAGUAUUAAAUCGUGCAUCUUCGACAAAUACAACCAAUCCUUUUGGUUGUACGUUUUGUUAUGGUAUACGAGAUGCGAUUGUUGAAGUUAUGGCGAAUCAACAUAUUGCAAGUGUAACUUUAUACAGAACAGCAUGAUAAUUUACACAUAAUAUUAAUUAUCUUUUAAGAUCGAUUCCGAAAUAUAACGGAAUUUUACAUAUUUAACAUAUAAAUAAGAAUAACAUGGUUUAUUUCCAUCUUUUGUUAUAAUUGUAUAAUUAUGAUAAA